AUGGGUGAUACGAUGAAGGAAUGGUGGUUGUUUCCCAAAUGGAGUAAUGAAUAUGAGAAAGGAGUAGAUCAAUACAUUGAAAAGGCUUUUGCUACCAAGUCUCAAGGGAACCAAAUUUGUUGUCCGUGUGAUAGUUGUCAUUAUCGUUAUUGGCGCUAUAAGAAUGAUGUCAGAGAUCACCUAGUUUGUAAUGGUUUUGUGCCAGGGAUGGACAAGUUGUCAGAGUUAGGGAUCAACAUCGAAACUGAAGGAAUGAUAUUUGAUCAUGAAGAACAAUCGAACAUGAAUGAUUUGAACGAUGAUGUAGCAGAGUUGUUGCAUGGGGUACAAGAUGCUUUCAGAGAGGGGCCAAAUGAUGAGGCCAAGCAGUUUUUUAAGUUGGUAGAAGAAAGUCAGGAGGAAUUGUAUCCUGGUUGCAAGAAACAUUCUAAACUCUCCUUCAUGAUCCGACUUUUUAUUUAUAAGUGUGAUGUUCGGUUACCUAAUUCGUCUUUUGAUUUGUUAUUGGAGAUUUUCAAGGAGGUGUUGCCUGAUGCAUCAAAAGUCCUUGCCUCUUUUAAUGAAGCGAAGACGGUUCUUAAAGUUUUAGGCAUGGAUUACAAGAAGAUAGAUGCAUGCCCCAAUGAUUGCAUGUUGUAUUGGGAGGAGCAUGCAAUUGCAACAUGUUGUCAUGUUUGUGAAACACCUAGAUGGAAAUCGAAUGGCAAAGAUCCAAACGCACAACAAGAAAAUGGAAAGACUCAUAAGAUUCCUAGAAAGAUUCUUAGAUACUUUCCGAUUAAAAAGAGGUUGCAAAGGCUAUUUAUGUGUGAAGAAACAGCAAGAUACAUGACAUGGCAUGCUAAUGGGCGUGAAACGGUUAAGCUUUUACAACAUCCAUCAGAUGGCCAAGCUUGGAAAGACUUUGACUCUGAGUACAAACAGUUUGCUAAGGAUCCACGUAAUGUCAGGUUGGGGAUAACAACUGACGGGUUUAGCCCGUUCAAUUCAAUGAGCAUUGUACAUAGUACAUGGCCAGUUAUCUUGAUAAAUAAUAAUUUGCCACCAUGGAUGCUUAUAAAGCCUGAGUUUUUGAUGCUAUCCUUGCUUAUCCCCGGUCCUACUUCCCCAGGCAACGAUAUUGAUAUAUAUUUGCAGCCCUUGGUUAAAGAUUUAAAGGAUUUAUGGGAGUAUGGGCUAGAAACUUAUGAUGCUUCAAGCAAUCAAAGGUUUGACAUGCGUGUAGCAUUGAUGACUACUGUGAGCGAUUUUCCUGCUUAUGCAAUGUUGUCCGGGUGGAGUACAAAGGGGUAUUUUGUAAUAGCCCGGGUUUUUAUGAAACUCCUAAUCAGGAGUUAA